UGAUUGUAAAGUUUUAAAUGUUAUUAAGAAAUAUCAAGUAAUGAUAUUAUACUAUUGCAGAGUUUUUUGUCCUUUUUGUUAGUUAGCUAUACAGUGACUAGUGAGGUUUACUAGGGAGGGCAUUAUUUUCUUCCAGCGUUGAAAUUCAUCUUAUUUUUUCAUCUUCUUCCUUCCUUCGUUCCAUGGUACCAUUCUUUUUAAGAACCACUCUCUUCGACUUCUGACUACUAAUCAUCUGUGGUAAUAUAUAUGGAUCCUUUCAAUUCAGCUAUAUAAAGGAACGGUUUUGUAAUAUACUAUUCGACACGAUUUUGAACGAUUCAGUGGUGAAAUUAGGGUUUUUAAAGCUUUUUAGAGCUGGUGGAUUUCCUCUUUUCGCAAAUUGAAGUUUUAUAAUCUUUGGGGCUCCGAUGAAACAUCACUUUCUAUGAUUCAUUUUCUUUAUUAGCAUUAUUAAGUCUUGGUGACCCUUUACUCAAAGUCUUCUCUUUUCAAGUCAAGUUGCUUAGCAGCCUUCACAAGUCCUCGUUUUUUUUCUAAUGGCAACCAGUUAGUUGCAUAAGAUAGCUCAUAGCCAAUCAUCUGAUUAAAGGUAAAAAUUUCUUUAAAGCUCUGUUAGUAAAAAAAUGGGAUGCUUUGCAUCAACGCCCAAAGACACUGGUGGGAACAGAAGAAAGCCAACAAGCAUCGGUGAGGUUUCAGUAUACGUACCCGGUUUAAGGAUACCGAGACCAGUGGAGUUUUCGCAGGCAGUUGGUGAUCAGUUGCCAAAGACUCUAGUGGAACGCUUGACAGCUUUAAGAACGCGUAUAGUAGUGAUGGCCAAUCAAGAAGGUCCUACAAUAACAAGAACUAGGAGAAAGACACAACAUGGAGGUUCCACGCUCUCAGAUCUCCAUCAAGCUUUGGUAGACUAUCUACCUGUUCUAUUGGAACUAACUAAAGAUGGUAGCCAUCUACAGUUUAAAGUACAUUUUAUUUGGGUAAAUCAGGAGGAUGAAGAAGAGGAAACAGCAAUGUCAAACAUUUGGUAUGAAGUUUUGUCUGUUUUGCAUCUAAUGGCGAUGCUACAAAUGUCACAAGCCAAUCUACUGCUUCUUCCUAGAGGGUUUAGUGAUGGUCACAACCAUCCGAAAGUAUCAGAAGAAAACAGACGAGCUUCAAUUGAUAUCUUCUUAAAGGCAGCUGGAUAUCUUGACUGUGCUGUUAAGAAUGUUCUCCCUCAGUUUUCUGCUGAGCAAAGGAGAAGUUUACCGGUUGACCUAGCGGAAGGAGUUCUACGGGCUCUUUGCUUGCAAGCACUGGGCCAGGGUGUUGAUAUCCAACUUGGCAUGGCAAUUGAUAGUUCUAAGGCCACUCUUGCAGUCAAACGAAGACUUUCAUGUGAGAUGGUUAAAUAUUGGCAGCAGGCACAAGAUAAUUUAAUGAAUCUUCCAUUGGCAAAUGGUUGGGGAGAGAAGCAUAGACUCUUCGUUAAGUGGAAGUAUGUUGAAGCUAAGGCUGCGGCUUACUACUAUCACGGUUUGAUUCUUGAUGAAGGGAACACAGAGAAAUCACAUGGCAUGGCAGUUGCUGCUUUACAAGCUGCAGAUGAAUGUUUCAAAGAAAGUAAGAAAGCAUCGGAAGCUUUCAACGCCUCUUCACCUACCUCAAGGACACCACCGCUUUUUGGGACAAUGAAGUAUCUAACAGAGAAAAUCCCCAAAGAUACAUCGAGUAAAGUCAGGAUAAACCGUGAUCUAUACUCUUAUGAAAAAAUAAUGGAGACGGCACCAACACUUCCUGAUUUCGCUUUGGCAUUAAAACCAGAUGAGUAUCAACUUCCUCUAGUUGAAUCUACAUAAUCUGAAGAUGCUUAAAACGUUUCAAACAAUAGCAAUCGAAGAUACAAAUGUGUAAGACCUUAUAGAGCAAAAGAAUGAGUGGUUUCCAAUGGCUGCCUGCAAAAUGGAUUUGGAUCAGUUUACAAUGAGAGAGAGAGAUCUUUGUAUGUCAGUGUGAACCAUAUAUUUCUGCAAUAAAUUAUCAUUCUUGUUA